AUCAAAAUGUUUGGACCCCAAGAUACCGGAUAUGAGUUCAGCGCUCAGCCAAGGGUCGUAGAUAGUCGGCCAAAGUUCAGGGACCCUUAUGGCCAGUCCUAUGAUUACAUCCCUCAAAAUAUUAUGCAUGAUUCCAGGAUUGCCAGAGGUAGCACCAAUGCAAGUAUGGUGAUCCCUGCUGGAAACCAUCCUGAUGCAAUUUUUCUCAAGAAAAAGGAACAACAAAGAAGGGUGAAAAUUCAACAAGAGGAAGAAGAACGAAGGAGGGCCGAAUUUGAAGCCCAAAGAGAUAUCAAAACCCCUGAACCACUCCCUGGAAGAGUGAAUUUGGAUAUUCAAACCGAACCUUUUGUAGAGAACCUGACUGAUAAACCCACAGAAUUUGAAAUUGGAGUCCAAAGUGACUUUUACAUCGACAGACCUCCCACACCUCUCUUCGUCCCAAUCAAGACAGGUCAAGAUGCUGAAACCCAAGUUGAGAAGGACAAUCUGGAGGAGGACGUUUAUGAUUUCAAUGAGAUCGUUGAUCCCAUUCUUUCCGUCCUCUGCUUCAACACUAUAGAGCAGGCGCAAAUGGAGGUCUACGAAGAACAUGAGUUCAAUCAUGUCGAUACCAGGAGGAAGGAAUUCGAAAGACUCCGCAACCUCAAACUUAUAGAAGCUCAGCGUCUCGAAGCUACUGAGAAUCGCAAGAAAGAAGAGAUGGAGAGGAGGAACAACCAGGUAAAGGCAAGGAAGACCAACAAAGUUUCAGCCCAUCAAAAAUACACUUCAAGGCAGAUAGCCAAGAAGUACCUCUCUGAUGUCUGUGGUGACACUUUGAAACUUCUUGAGGAUCAUGGUACUCUUGUAGAGUCUCUCCCUGGAUUCCUCCACGAGCAAGCUGUGCCAUGGCUUUAUGCCAAAACCAUGAAGUUCUUGAACGAAGAAGACAUGAUUGACCGAAAUACUGAAGAAUUAGUCGAAACCGCAAUCGCAUACCCAACUAGAGCCCACCACGAAACAGUUGAACAAGACCAUCAACGUCUCAUCCGGCUUGAGAAAGAAGAAGAGGCCCGACUCCUUGCCAAAGAAGAACGAAGACGGAAGAGAGCUGAGGCAAGAGAAGAAGCUCGCAAGCAAGAAGAAAUUUUAAAAUUUAAAGAAGAAGUCCGCCAGAAGUUCAUUGAAGGAGGUGAACAAAGAGACCAUAUUACAAUACAUGAAAUCACAGAACCUGAUGGAAAUUGACUCAAUAUUCCGAUCAUUGGGCUUCUUGGAGGCCACUUCUUGCAGAUGAUUUAUGUACUCAACGCGGCCAAGCAAGUCCUUGAACUUGGGAUAAGCUCGUUUUUCCAAGAAGAACGAGUUUACAGGUUUAUGGUCACUUAUAUUCACCAUCACAUGAAAGGAGAGAACUUCUUCAUGAAAGCUAAAGGAGAGCUGCUUGAAUACUGUGUACAGAACAAAAUCAAACCAGAGGCAAUGCAUAAGUCUAAAGAAGAGGCUAAGAAAGGCCUCAGAGAGUUCCUCUUAACUCCUGAAGUGACCAUGCUGAGCGAAUUCGGCACAGAACUAAAAACCGAACCUUUGUCUAAAACAAUUGAUGAGUUUAAAUUUGACCCUGAAAUCACCAGACUUCUUCAACAUGGUAUCGUUAGUCUGCUUCUUAAAACACCACUCCUAAAGGAAGGAGUAGCUAAAGAUGCUAGCGAAGCGACCACAUCAUCCAAGAGUAACAAGAAUAUGGUCAAACUUGACCCUGCCAUUGACAAAAUAAAGCUCUGCUUCCCUCAAAAGUACUUGGACUGGGCUAAAAACCCGUCUCUCAACAUCAGUGAAAUGGCAGAGCCUCGUAAAGCCAGGGCUGUUGCUAGGAUCAGGAUUCCAUUCGAAGAAGUAAAGGAAGACGAGGAAGAAGAGGAAAAGCCCAAAAAGAGCAGAAAGAAAGACAAAAAAAGCAAAAAUAACAAAAAUAACGAUUCUAGAGUCGAAUCCUCCAAGAAUGACUCAAUCAAUGAAGGAGAGAGCAAAGCAGCUGAUCUUGACAAAUCAAAGGAGAGCAACGCUCCCAAGUUCCAAGAGCAAGAGAUCGAGGAUCGUGUCACAGUGGUAAACCCUAAAGGCGACGACUAUGAUAUCCUGGUUUUCCAUCAAGCUGCUGGAAAAAUGGUCAGAAAGGAUAUUCUCAACUCCCUUGUAAAACAAGCCUCUGAGUUCAAAGAUGUAGAUAUUGAUUCGAUCCUUGAGAAUGCGAAUAGUUACUCAGAAGAACUUGAGCUAAAAUUCAUCGAAAAAUACUGUGCAAGUGCUGAAGAAGGUGAAGAAAUUCAUCAUUUUGAUUACGAAAUCAACUAAUUUCCUUAAUAAACUCAAUUACACAC